CCAACUGCCAUCUUGCUGGAAUUUACCUAAAUAUUACAUUUAAAAUACCUUUUUUAUAAUAAUACACCAUGGAAGUGCUGUGAAAAUGCCUAGCUGUCAAUAUUUUAUUUACCUUACAUUCAUGGCUCUAAUUUCUGUCCUUUUUUUGUAUUUUCACCAUAGUUUGUGAUUUUCUAAGUCAACAACUUACUGUUCUACAACCAUGCUACCAAACUAUCUUUCAGACACGAUGUCUGAUGGGAGCGCCGCCGCCGCUGCCGCGGACCAUCCGUCAGCAGCAGAGACGGAUACGUCGUCCGCCGCCUCUGCCGCCGUCAAAACCGAUGACGAGUCCGCCGCGCCGACGGAUGACGUCAUCGUGGAGGAGGAGGCCACGCUGGAGGCGGGCCGCGCCAAGGGCCUGCUGAACUGCGCGCGCUGCGCCGUACGGCUGCAGCACGGCGUGCACGAGCCGCGCCUGCUGCCCGCCUGUCUGCACACACUCUGCCAGCAGUGCGCCUCGGGCGAGAACGAGGGCGCCGAGGUGUGCUGUCCGCUGUGCCGGUGCGUCUCGCCGGGUGUGGUCGCUCACCCGUUACUGGAGACGAUGUUACUGCAGUCGCACGAGCACCGCGCCAGCACUGAGUGUGGCCAGUGCGCCGAGCGGGGCGGCCGCGCCAGCCGCGCCGCCGGCACCUGCCGCGACUGUCAGAUCGACCUCUGCCACGACUGCAUUCAGGCUCACAAGAUCACGCGGGCGACGUGGGGCCACAAGCUGGAGCUGACGCCCGAAGCAGAGAAAGAGGACCUGUGUCCCACUCAUGGCCUGGUGUUUGACAACUACUGCGACUCGUGCAGCGUGCUGUGCUGCCGCGACUGCAUCCUCUCCGCCCACCGCUCCCACCAGUCCUGCACGCUGCAGGAGAAGCUGGAGGGCGUCCGCGGCACCAUCCGCACCGGCCUCGAGGGCGUCCGAGAUAUAAAGACAAAAAUAGAGGAAGAUAUACACAAUUUGAAAGUGAAACUAAAAGAAUUUGACGAGGGGAAAACAAAAGGGCUCCAAGGAAUCCAUGCCUGUUAUGACGAAUACCAGGACCAGAAGCGCAGCUUCUUCCUGAGGCAAAUGGAGGCGUGUCGCCGGCGGCACGACGCGCACAGCAGUCAGCUGAUGGAGCGCCUUCAGGCGGCCUCGCUGGUCGACGCGCGCGCCGCCCACCUGGAGAAGCUGAUCGGCCGACUGCUCGAGUGCCGCCGGCCCACCACCUCACUGCACUACUUCAGGCAUAUCUCCAACCUGUCGCAGCGUCUUUUGAACGUGGAUAUACCGGAGGGGGAGACGGAGAUACCGGUGCUGAGCUUGCGGCGCGUGCUGGGCGUGGACCGAAUACACCCCAUGAUUGCACUGCUGCUGUACGAGGGUAGCACCUGCCUGCAGCCGGGCACCAAGGCGAAAAUUUGCCACCAUUUUAUGACGUCCAUCCAGUCGUUAGUGAGCUCGGAGCUCAAGACCGACUCAGACCUCGGACUGCGCUACGUGCGCAUGAUGUUCCGGCUGAUAGUCAACUGCGCGCGGGACAUGUCGCCAGCGAUGCGGGAGCUGGUGUCGGAACUCCACAGCGCGGUGACAGCGCUGUUCCAGGAGCAGCCGUCCAUGCACCCUCCGAGCGGGACGGCGCCGCCGCCGCCGCCCGUGCCGCUGCAGAGACUGGCCGACCCUCCGGCCAGGAGCUGGCUGAUGCAGCAGCAGGAGGAGGAGAGUCACUCCGAGGACGGACAGAGUAGGCGAGAGGGAGAGGUGGACCUGGACGAGCCGCUGGUGGUGUGGAGCGGCAGGUCAGACGGAGGUGCCCGGUCGGCACAGUCGCGCAGUGGACAGGGGACGGCGACAUCCUCCGCCGCGCCGCCGACCCUCAGCACGUGGAGCUCGCUCGGCCAGUCGACCUCGGCACCGGCGUCUGCGACUGUAGCGCAGGUUACCACCGCACGACCCAACGUUUCGGCGGCCUCCGCAGCACCAUCACAGAUGCCUGUGUUGUCUGCACGACUGCGGGAACAAUCCAAGGCGUCUGACCCGACAGCGGCGCCGGUCCCCGUCCCUGCGACGGCUUCGGCGUCCGCCGUCCGGCACCCGGCGCCCGGACCGGCGGUCAGCCCACGCGGUGUGGCGGACGCUAGACCGACGCGGCCGGGCGCCAACGUCGCGACUCCCAGUCCAUCUGCCAUCGCCGCCGCCGCCGCUAUUUACAAUGCCGCCGCCGCCGCCGCUGCCGUCGCGUCCGAUGAGGCGGCGACGAUGGCGGCGUGGGCGCCUGCCACCGUCACUGUGCCUCGAACAGUCGUCCGGGAGUCUACCAGCGCUCGGGUGACCAUGCCCGCCGCCGCGACAGGGGUGCCCAUGGCGCCGCAUACUGUGAGGUUAGCGGCCACGACGUCCAGUUUCUUCAGAGCGGCGGCGGCGGCAGAUAAGACACCGACUCAGAAUCCAGCUCAGGCGUCAGCUCAACAAUCGCCUAAAGCACCACCUCAGACUCAAUCUCAGAAAUUAUCUCAAGGAGCUGAAAAAGCAGCGACGAUGGCGGCGGGGGCACCCGCGCCAGCUCAGAAGUCAGGGCAGGUACCAGCUCACACACAAGCUCAGGAAAUAGGUCAGACCACAGCUCAGAAAUCAGCUCAGGUACCAGCCUCAGCCGCCGCACCAGCCCCAGCAACAUCAUCUCAGGCACCAGUUGCCCCCGCAGCGACUCUGGGUGCAGCUGCUACGGUCUCCGCUGCACCCAGAACCGCAGUUCCAACACCGACCGGUGCACACCGAACUCCGCCUGUCGUCGCGUCGUCUAAAGCUGCGGCGAUGGCGGCAGGUGCACCUGCGGCUGCCCCUAGAGUUCAGCACGUGACCACCACCCCGCCACGCACCGUCGCCCAAGCAGCUACCAGCGCUCGGCUAACCACGUCUACAGCGUCCGCUACGGCAACGGCGGCAGCAGCUCAGGCACCAGCUCCGGCGGUAGCUACCGCGGCCUCUUCGCCGAGUCUCGCAUCUCCAAAAACGAUCAGGACUCCUAGUCCUCGAGCUGCGUCAGCCACCACCAGGGCUCCUGGAGCUUUGUUCGCCACCACCAGGGUUCCUGGAACUGCGUCAGUCACCCUCUGGUCUCCUGAAGUUUCGUCAGUCUUCACAGGAAAGUUCCGACUUGCGUCGGCUUCCGUGGGACGCCCGGCUAGGCCUCCUGUCACACCUCCUCGGAGACCGGUCCCGAUGCUUCAGCCGAUUAUCAUACACAUGCCGAACAUCGAAUCAAUCUCACCAGAACGACCGAUCGCUCGAAGCCAGCGACCGCCACAGCGGCCGGCAACGCCACCAGCACCGCCACCACCGCCUCCACCACCGCCGCCGCCGCCGCCGCCCCCAGCGCCGCCGGCGAAUGCCAGUGUUUCGGAUGACGACGACGACAACUCCCUGUUUGUUGACACCAAAGUGGAUGUGAUGGAUACGGCUCUGGCCAUGAUGGGUAUGUUACCCCCGGAGCCGGAGCCUGCGUCUGCCCCGAAGCCAGCGUCUGCCCCGGCGCAGGUGCCGACGUCUGCCCCGAAGCCAGCGCCUGCGCAGGUGCCGACGUCUGCCCCGAAACCAGCGCCUGCCCCGAAGCCUGCGUCUGCCCCGAAGCCUGCGUCUGCCCCGAAGCCAGCGUCUGUGCAGGUGCCGACGUCUGCCCCGAAGUCUGCGUCUGCCCCGAAGCCAGCGUCUGCGCAGGUGCUGACGUCUGCCCCGGAGGUGAAGACGGCGUCCGCUCAGGAGCCGGAGACAGCGUCUGCCCCGGAAGCGGAGCCAGCGCCCGCCCCGGAGCCGGGGCCGUCAUCUAUCCUUGAGCCGCAGCCAGCAUCCGCCCCGGAGCCGGAAUCAGCGUCUGCUCCGGAGCCAGCGCCCGCCCUAGAGCCGGAGGCGGUGGCUGCCCCGGAACCGGAGCCGCCGUGCGCUCAGGAGCCGGAGCCGGAGCCAUCUGCUCCAGAGCCGGAGCUAGCGUCUGCCUCGGAGCCGGAGCCGGACCAGUCGUCCGCUCCGGAGCCAGAGCCUGCGUCCGCCCCGGUGCCGGAGCCUUCAUCUGUUCUUGAGCAGGAGCUUGCAUCCGUUCCGGAGCCAGCGUCUGCCCCCGAGCCGGAGACGGAACAGUCGUCUGCCCCGGAGUCGGGGUCAGAUAUGGAAAUGGCGUCGGACCCGGAGCCAGAGUCUGCCCCGGAGCCGGAGCCGAAGCCAGCGUCUGCCCCUGAGCUGUCGUCUGCCACGGUACUGGAGCCUCCGCCCACCCUGGCCUCGGUGCGGGAGCCUGCACCCGCCCCGGGGCCGUCGUCUGCCCCGCCAGCCGGCCUGGCCUCGGUGCGGACGAAGCCGGCACCGGUGCGGACUGGACACGGCCACUCUGGUGCCAAGGCGGCCUCCAAGACCGCCGGAACAGAGACGGUGUCACAGCCGGCCACCGUGCCAGUGGGAGACCCCGACUGGAAGAAACACCUGCGCGAGAAGCUGCACCGCUCCAUGGAGAAACUCCGAGCGAAGCGCGCCGGGUCGACCGCCCAUCUCACAAAGACGCUAAAACGCGGCGAGAAAGUGACUCGCGGCUCGCCAGGAGGUAAAAAGCGACGGCACAUGGUGGGAGAGCGAGCGGACGGCGAGCCACCAGUUAAGAGUCGUCCCUCCUCGGCGACCGGGAGACUGGACCGCUCCCUUCCGAGCACGCCGGACAGGGACGGCGGCGGGGGCAGCCGCGGCGGCUCGAGGACGUCGUCACCGGGAUCGUCCGGCCGCCAGGCGGAGAAGGGCUCGCGGCGCGGCCGAGGCCGGCUCUCGAGCCCCACGCCACAGCCGCAGUCGGCACAGGACCGCGCGCCGCCGGUGGCCCGGCAGCCCUCGCUGCUGGUGGACGACCACGGGCGGAAGGUGAGCCGCGCCGGCGUCAGCGUGGAGACCCCGCUCACCGACCUGCUGGACAGCAUGCUACUGGCCGGCACCGCCGCGCCGCAGGCUGACAAAGCGGGAGGCAUUAAAAGACCGGCGCCGCACGGACCAAACAAAGCUAUCCCCGCUUUCUGCUCUCCAAGAGGUCAGGGUAAGCCACUACCGAAGAAACCCCGGAGUCCCGAGGCGGAGGCCACGGCUGACAAACCUGCUGAAUCAGCGACCACAGCGGCGGCGGCGGCGGCAGCAGCGGCGGAGUCAUCGGAACGACCUUCCGCGGCGGCGUCCACCACCGGCCGGCGGCGUCGGCGGCGGCGCGCGGGGCUGGACCGGCAGGUGUCGCGACAGCUGAUGGACGACCUUCAACUGUCGGAGGAUUCGCGCGACUCCUCAGCGCCGGGCACUUCCGCUGGGCCCGGCGGUGCGGCUGGGCCCGGCAGUCCGGCUCGGUCCGGCAGCAGUCAGUCGCAGUCCAGCAGCAGUCAGUCACAGUCUGGAGACAGUCAGUCGCGGUCCGACAGCAGUCAGUCGCAGUCCGCCAGUCCGGCUCGGCCCGGCUCGUCCUCCUCCUCCUCCGGCAGCGGCGGCUCCUCCUCUCCCUCUUCCACCUCCUCUGGCUCGCGCUCGGCGUCCGCCACCUCGUGCAGCUCGGCUGUUCCCACCCCAGCGCCGCCUGAAGACUCCAAGGAACCGCCGCACCGGCCCCGUCCUUCCACGUCCACUCUGGUACGGACGCUGCCCGUGUUCGCCGCCACGCCGCCGCCGACGGCCGUGCGGCCAAAGUUCACCCCGCCGCACCCUGCUGUUGGUGAGGAGGACGGCGGGGGCGGUGAUACCGGCUCCUCCGCGCCGGCUGCUCCUGCCACGACCGAGGGGCCGUCCAAGACACCGCCAAAGCCGAAAACAGACGGCGCGGCGACAACGCCGCCGCCACGACGUCUGUCGCCAAGUCCGCCACCACUGUCACCGCCGCCUAAGGCAGGCCGUUCUUCAACAUCGCUGCCCACCCACCUGGUCCGUCCUGCGGACCUGGUGCUGUGGGACCGAAAGCGCGACCCGCUGGGCAUCGGGUUCGCCAAUGACGCGCUCUACAAGCCGCCCGAGCGCGGCCCGCAGUCUCCGAACGUCAGCUACUGCGUGCUGUGCUGGGACGGCGGCGACCUGGUGCUCUGCGACCGCUGCGAGCGCUCCUUCCACGCCGAGUGCUACGUCGGUGACGUCGAUGACGAGGAAGACAAAGAGUGGCAGUGUCUGAUGUGCCGGCCCGUACCGCGCGUCCCGGCGCCAACGGACCGCCGUCGGGGCAGGCCGAACCUCACCCGUUCCGAGAAACUCGUCGCUCGCCGGCUGCUCCUGGAACUCUACGCUGCUUACUACCCCUGUCUCUACUUCAAGAACGCUGAGAACAUGGCCAUGCUGCCAGAGUACCGGCGUAUCGCCAACCCCGUCUCCCUGGACGACAUACGCGAUUGCCUACUCAAUGACGGCUUCCCCACGCUGAUGGAGCUGCUGGCUGCGCUGCGCGGCAUCAUGGGACUGGUCAGCGUGCUGAAGCGGGGCAGCGCAGCUAAGAAGUACCUGAAGGAGUUGGAGGAGGUCUUUGACAUGUUCGUGCGGGACCAUUUGAACGAGCACUGGCUCAUGCUGGACGACGAGCCAGACCGGAAGAAACGCGCCAAGUAACCGCGGCCGGCGCAGUCCCGUAGCUGAGCCGUCUGGUCGGCCUUCUCGGGGAUAACGGAACGGGUGAGGCUCGAACGUUCGAUAGGUAUUAGUGGUUUUCUCAGUGGACUUUUGGCUAUCGUUUUAUAUGCAUGCUUACCAACGAGUGAUGUGUAAUGUGUAUGUUCAUAAUGGUGUAUUUUGGUGUUUGUGAGACGUCUGCUAUGCAGUUAUUGAAGAGCAGCAAGAUGUGAGGUCACCGAGUGUCUGACGAAACAUCGACCUUGUUUGCUGAAUGUGUAUUUUGAAACGUUUUAAAAGCACUGAAAGGUGUCAAGCUAUUGCGCGGCACUGCGGUGUGCGGCAGUCAUCAUAGCUCCCGUUAUUGCGUUUCAAUGAGGCGCGUAGUACAUUGCUGGCAAUUUAAGUUUAGCUAGCUAUGUCUUUCAACCGGUGAGCUAAUGUCUGUAUUCGGAACUGUACUUUGAGAUCUGUAGCGAGUCUUCAUGGCGGUCUACACAAAGUGUUUAACAUCUCUUUCUUGUCGCGAUUAAUGUCUAUCGUCGGCUGUGCGGAUGCAUUUAGUCUUGUUGACAUAGGUCGGUGUGUAUGGAUCUGUUACAACGAAAACGUGGAAGCGCUACGAUAACUCUGAACGGUAAUGUGUAUCGCGGCGAACUGAGUGCCGUACAUGCAGGCUUCAUGUAAGCUGUGAUAUAUCGUCACCGUAGUGUACAAACAAAACGGAAACGCAUGGCCAGUUGGCAGUUAGCGACGCCGCUCAGGACUCUUAGAUGAGCAGUACCUACAUUUGACCGGAAAAUUUCGAAAUUUAGCGAACGUAGUGCGGCGUGUAUGUUGUACGUUGCCUUAAUCUCAGCUCGUUGCCUUCUCAACUGCAUUCGAUUCCCCGUAGGUCAUUUUCAGCACUAGCUUGGCUGUGAUCCGACAUUUUG